CACCCACGCUAAAUCUGCUCCUGUAGGGAACACUACAUGCACACGGAACUUUAGGGUUUCCUCCAGGGCACCGUGUAGGAAAUUCUACAGAAGUAAACCUAAUCACCCACACUACAUCCACACGGAACUUUAGGGUUUCCACUUUCCUCCAGGGGCACCGUGUAGGGAAUUCUACAGCACUGCAUCCACACGGAACUUUAGGGUUUCCUCUAGGGGCACCCACAAUACAUGCGGAACUUUACGGUUUCUCUAUAAAACAAAACGUGAGUUUUCAAUUCCAUAUCUCCAAAUCUAAAAAUUUUCAAUGGACACCCAAAACAUCAACAGGAUCGAUUAUCAUCGAAUUUCGGAUUAUAUGAAUGAAAAACUGACCGAUGAAGAAUACUUUGGGAGAUUGGAUAAAGUUAUGGUUUUCCAUCCGAAUGAUGCUCAAAUUAUUGAUCUCUUGAUAAAAAAAAUCAAGAACGAGAAGCUGCCUCGCAAUCUGGCUAAAGUGGGUAAUAUAUAUGAGAUCGACCCAGAGAAACUUGCAGAUAAUUAUGGGAAGCUUUCAACUGAAAUUUGGUACUUGUUUACAUUAAGGGAUAGAAAAUACCAAAACGAGAAUAUAAAUGUAUCUACAGUUGAUGGAUAUUGGCAAGUAAAAGGAGAUAAUAAAAAUGUGGAAUAUAAUGGGGAAACUGUUGGAUUUCAUAAGAUUUUUCAAUUCUACGAGGGAAAACCUGGUAGCGGUGAAAAGACCUCUUGGAUUAUGCAUGAAUUCAGAGUGAUUGAUCCUCUGCCCCCGCAAUACGGUGUUGGUGUUGAAGGUCGAACCAAGUUGGAGGAUUGGGUUUUGUGUAGGAUCUGGAACAAUAAGAGAGGCUAUUAUUAUGAGAACGAUGAUAUCUACACAUCAACUGGAUUACGAAAAAGAGACUGGAGCUCGCGAAGAAAAAGAGACUUGAGCUCGCCAAGAACGUCCUACAACUUGCGAAAGAAGAAACUGACAAGCACAUGAAUUUUUUGUUCUUGUUUUACUGGUUUAGUUAUCUUUUGUUACUGGGAAAUUGUACCUUUGGUCCCAAAAAUUUUAUUUGCUUGUAGCAUGAACUAAUUUUCAUAUUGGUGUGUGAGUAACUUGGCUUGUCUGUUCUUGGUUGGACUAACUUGUUCAUUUUGCUUUGUGAAAAGUGGUGUGCUGAUUAUUCAUUUAUUUGGGAGUGAAUGGAAUGCUUUGAUCUUU